AUGAUAUUCACAAGCCUCGAUGAUUGUUAUUCAAUGUAUGUUACGUAUGCCAAGGCUUGUGGGUUUUUAGUCAGGAAAGGGACUAAAAAGAUAAACUCCAAAGGUGUAUUACAUAUUAAGUAUUAUAUGUGUACGAGAGUUGGGGUAUAUAAGGAUAAGAAGGUUGAUACGUUGGACCCCAAUCAAAAGGAACGUUUAGUGCGAUCCAACUUUUCAAAGAGGACUGAUUGUGGUGCACUGUUAUGUGUAAUUUUUGAGGCUGGAUCAUGGAAGGUCUAUAAGUUUGUCGAGGAGGACAACCAUGAUCUUGUUGAAUGUCCUGAUAAGCAUUUUCUUCCAACUGAACGACACCUCACUCAGCUCCAGAAGCAUGUUAUACACAACAUGUCUAAGUUGAAUUUGGGUCCAGUCAAGGCCUUUAAUGUUAUGAAGACUUGUUUUGGCGGUUUUGAAAACGUGGGUGCAAGUAAAGUUGAAUUUAAGAAAUACAAGAGAUACGCUAUGGAAUUUGUACCUUUCACUGGUAUAUACAAUCACCACUGUAAUGUUGCAUUUGGUGCUGCAUUAAUGGCAUCGGAAACUGCUGAUACGUAUAUUUGGUUGUUGAGAGUUUUUCUAAAAGCUGUUGGUUCUCAACCAAAAGUUGUUGUCACUGACCAAGAUCCAGCAAUGAAGAAGGCUAUUUCUGCUGUAUUUGUUGACACGAGGCAUCGGUUAUGCAUGUGGCAUGUGAUGCAUAAACUUUCUCUGAAGGUUGAUAUGCUUAUUUUUACCUUUGGCGUUUUAGGAUACACUGCGUUUUAA